UGUAAACGCCGCAUGCGAAUCAUCAAGCGACACUGCCAGUCGAUGUAAACAAUUGCCCAAAGUUGUGUGUUGCGUUGAGCUAUCGGAAUCCAAUCUCGUUCGACAAUCCGUGAACGAUGGACGGGACGGAUUUCUUGCUCGGAGGAAUUGGUUCCAUGGGAGCCACGCUGAUAACGAAUCCGCUUGAGGUCGUUAAGACGAGAAUGCAACUGCAGGGCGAGUUGGCAGCGAAGGGAACGUACCACAAACCUUACCGCAGCGUGGUCGAUGCGUUUAUUACGGUUGCUAAAAAGGAUGGGUAUGCAGCGUUACAAAAAGGACUAGCCCCGUCGCUUUGCUUCCAGUUCAUUCUUAACUCAUGCAGAUUAGGCAUAUACAAUACGGCCAACGAGCAUGGACUGACGAAACAGAGGAACGGCCACCAAUCGAUUCUAAAGAGUGCCUUCUGGGGUGCAACUGGAGGAUUCGUGGGAUCGGCUUUAGCAAGCCCGUUCUUUAUGUUACGCACCCAUCUGCAAUCGCAAGCUAAGGCAGAAAUAGCGGUCGGUGGUGCAGUGGGAGGGACGGUAAUGGCCAUCACGAUGACUCCACCGGACGUUAUAGCUACGAGACUUUACAACCAAGGAGUGGAUGCCAAGGGUAAGGGCAUCUACUAUAAUGGUGUAGUGGAUUGUUUCAUUAAAAUCCUGAAAUCGGAAGGAGUCGGUGGCCUUUACAAAGGCUUUUGGCCACAUUAUAUGCGGAUCGGUCCGCACGCAACGUUGGUAUUACUGUUUUUCGAUGAAUUGAAGUCGAUGCGCAGAAAAUAUUAUGAGGCUAAAUAGUGCACGUAGUCGUGCAGCUUGCAAUGCUGAUAGUAAAAGACUUUGUUAUUUGUAUAUUAGAAGAUCACAACCGGUAGAUAAUGUAAACAAAUUAAUGUUUCUGUGCAAUACCAGUAG